AUGAUGUUCCUAUCCCAACCACUCCACGCCCUCCUUUGGCUCGCCACCGUGCUCCGCUCAAUCCCCGGCUUCAUUUCACGAAUCCGCACCCUAAUCCGCCCGCCCCGCGCAAUAAAAUCAUCCAGCGCCAUCCGCCUAGGCCUCUUCGGCGCCUCCAAGAUCGCCCCCAUGGCGGUCAUCAACCCUGCACAUUCGCACCCAGAUAUCAUCAUCGCUGCCGUGGCCGCGCGGGAUAAGACCAAAGCUGAAGCAUUCGCCAAGAAAUGGGAUAUUCCCAUCGUGCAUAAAUCCUAUGAUGACUUGCUGGCCGACCCCUCCAUCGAUGCUCUUGAACGCGGUAAACAUGUGCUUCUAGAGAAGCCGUCGACGUCCAAUACCGAGGAGGCUCGGAUUUUGUUCGAAUCUCCCUUGCUCAAGCAGGGAAGUGCACCGGUGCUGCUGGAGGCCUUUCAUUAUCGCUUCCACCCUGCAUUCGAGGUCUUCAAGUCGCUCGUCGGCGACACGGGGAAAAUUGAGCAUGAUGAGCCCUACUCGAGGGUCGCCAUGAAAGUCGCGUGGCAGUUCCCUGGCGGCGCAAUUGGGGAAAUUGAUUCCAGCCUCAACAGCUGGGGCGGGUCGACUUGGUUGCCGGGCUUCAUAGCCAAGCACUUACCUACCUUUGCUUUUCAACGGAUUAGAGUCGAAUUGAAAGAGGAGACUGUCCCUGCAGAUUCUGGCAUCAAACUGGCGACCGACGAGGAACACCGCGUCCACACUGUGCGCGACGGCAAGGGGUCGGGAUCGAAGACGUGGCGAACUAGUCGUAGUGUCAAGGCUUACAGUACGGAGGAUAGGGUGGGAGAGGCGUGGUGGUCUACGUAUAGAUACCAGCUUGAGGAGUUUGUUAAUGCCGUCAAGGGGCGGAAGGGAUCCAGGGUCUGGGUCAGCCAUGACACAUCGAUCAAGCAGAUGGAGAUGAUCGAUUCGGCGUAUGAGAAAGCGGGAUUACCUCUGAGGCCAACGAGGGAAUAUAAGCCGUGA